AUGGGCUUCGGUCCCCAGGGUUUCCGCAACGCGCCCGCGUCGAAGCUCUUGACCUACGGCACCGCCGCGGCGUCCCUGCUGACGCACUAUUCGCGCGCACACCACCGCGUCGGCCUGACCCCGCGCGGCCUCUUCGCCCGCGGCGAGUUGCUCUCCCGCUGGCUCACGUCGCAGUUCGCGUUCACCGCACCGGGCGAGGCGUGCGUCGGCCUGUACCUCCUCUACGCCCUUCGCGACGUCGAGCGCGUGCGGGGCACCAAGGCACACGCGACGCGCCUUCUCAUCGCGGCGGUGGUAUCGCUGGGCAUCCAGACCCUGCUCUGCGCGGACACCCACCUCGUUCGAUGGCUCGGGCUCGGCGGUUCAUCUGCAGGCGCGUUCAUCCAAAACUUCUCCGCCGUCGGCUUCGCGCCCGGACCUCACUCCCUCGUCGCCGCGCUCCUUUUUCCCGGCUUUCUCGCCACGCAACCGACGACGCAGACGUUCACGGUGGCUGGCGUGAGGUUCGGGGACAAGGUGUUCACCUUGUUGGCGGGUUUGAGGCUGUUCUGGAGCCACGGCGCGCGUUCCGUCGUCCCCGCCCUCGCCGGCGUCUGCGGUUCUUUGGUCUCGGAGUGGGCGGUGACUGGUCGAGUUGGUGCGGUAGUGACGCAUCGGGGGGGUUGGACUCCGCCCGAGUGGGCGUGCGCGUCGGUGAGGGCGACGCUGGGGAGGGUGCUCGGGGUGGACGUUGGCGGGGUCGGGGGCGGGCGGCGGGCGCGUGGGGGACGGGCCGCGGCGACGGUGACGCGGCCGAGGCGGAUGCCGAGACCGAGACUCGACGUUCGUUUCGGCCGUCUCGACGAUCUCGCUCCCGCUCCGCCGCCGCCGCCCGGCGCGGUCGAGACGCUCACGUCGAUGGGUUUCGACGAGCACGACGCGAGGAGGGCGCUUGGUAUGUGCGGGAACGACGUGGAGGCGGCCACCGACGCGCUGCUCGCGGACGCGCGGUGA